UAUUUACGCAAUCAAAUGUUGAUAUGAGUAUAGCAUGUUUUUGUGAAUGCUGUGGUUAAUAAAAUAGAACUAAUUGAAUUGAAAUUUGUUUAUAAUCCUUUUUGGCCAUUGUUUGUUUUUUGAUAUUGGAAAGGAGAGGAGUGAAGGAGUAUAAUUUAGCCGGUUCAGUCUCCUACAAUCCUACUCCAUGCACACUAGCCUGGUUCCGAUUUCACUCAAACCAUCACCAUUCCAUCGCCACUCCUUUCGACUUUUCUCAGCUCAACAACAUGUAUAUCGCAUCAACCUCACCAUCACCUCCCUCUCACGUGCCGGUAACAUCAACGCCGCACGCCACCUGUUCGACAAAACCUCCACAAAAGACAUCGUCACAUGGAACUCCAUGCUCACCGCUUACUGGCAAAACGGCCUCCUACAACACUCCAAAUCUCUCUUCCAAUCCAUGCCACACAAAAACGUCGUCUCAUGGAACUCUAUCAUAACCGCCUGCGUCCAAAAUAACAACAUAAACGACGCGUUUAAGUACUUCACCGCUAUGCCGGAGAAAAACGCCGCAUCGUAUAACGCAAUGAUAUCAGGUUUCGUGAAAAACGGGCACGUGGAACAAGCGCAGAAGCUGUUCGAAGAAAUGCCGCGUCCGAAUGUUGUUUCGUAUACUGUGAUGAUUGAUGGGUAUGCGAAGAUGGAAAAUGGGAUUAAGCGCGCGAAGGCGCUUUUCGAUGCGAUGCCGUUUAGGAAUGAGGUUUCGUGGACGGUGAUGAUUAGUGGUCUUGUUGAGAAUGGGUUGUAUGAGGAAGCGUGGGAACUGUUUGUGAAAAUGCCUCAGAAGAAUGUAGUGGCUUGCACUGCUAUGAUUACUGGGUUUUGUAAACAAGGGAAGGUUGAUGAGGCUUGGAACUUGUUUCAACAGAUUUCGUGCAGAGAUAUCGCUUCUUGGAAUAUAAUGAUAACUGGUUAUGCCCAGAAUGGGAGAGGGGAAGAGGCACUAAAUUUAUUUUCCCAAAUGGUCAGGACUGGCAUGCAACCUGACGACUUAACCUUUGUUUCGCUUUUUACUGCCUGUGCUAGUUUGGCAUUACUCGAGGAAGGAAGACAGACAAAUGCUCUUGUAGUUAAGCAUGGCUUUGAUUCAGAUUUGUCUGUGAGUAAUGCCUUGGUUACUAUGUACAGCAAAUGUGGUGAAAUAGUCAAAUCUGAAUUAGCCUUUGGACAAAUUUCUCAUCCGGACAUUGUUUCAUGGAACACCAUCAUUGCUGCAUUUGCUCAGCAUGGUCUCUAUGACAGAUCUCGCUACUACUUUGAUCAUAUGGUAACAGUCGGAGUUACGCCCGAUGGCAUAACUUUCCUUAAUUUGCUGUCUGCAUGUUGUCGUGCUGGGAAGGUUGAUGAGACAGUGUAUCUUUUUAACUUGAUGGUCCAUAAUUAUGGUAUUCCGCCAAGGUCUGAACAUUAUUCUUGCAUAAUUGAUGUUAUGAGUCGAGCAGGUCAAUUGCAGAGAGCUUGCCAACUAAUCCAAGAGAUGCCAUUCAAGGCAGAUUCCAGCAUCUGGAGUGCUCUACUUGUGGGCUGCAAUAUUCAUUCAAACGUGCAAUUGGGCGAACUUGCAGCUAGGAACAUUUUGAAUUUGGAUCCUUAUAAUUCUGGUGCAUAUGUCAUGCUGUCUAAUAUAUAUGCUGCUGCGGGCAAGUGGAAGGAUGUCAAUAGAGUGAGGGUUCUAAUGAAAGAGCAAGGAGUUAAGAAACAAAGAGCUUAUAGUUGGAUGCAGAUUGGAAACAAACUCCACUGUUUUGUUGGAGGGGAUCCAUCACAUCCAAACAUAGAUGACAUUCAUGUUGCUUUAAGGAGGAUUACAUUACACAUGAAGGUGAAGGGUAACUUUGAAGAAGCUGUAAGUUAAUUUUAGUUAAGUGGUUUGACUAGUGCCAAUACAGAUUUUAUUGAGUCGGGUGAAGCAGUCACGUUAAACUUUUAGGCUUGACACUUCAUGCCAAAUUGGCUCUUACCCUGAAGAUCAAAAGCUGGGAAUAUAAAAACUCAUGCCAAUUGUUCAGUUCGAUAAUAAAGGGCAAGUUAGGAUUGAGAAUUUGAGCCAUGCAUUUGAAUUUCCUAAAUAGAGCCAGCUUCACCGUGUUCAAAUAUUCUGAGACAUGCAUCCGAGACAUGCUGGUUCAUUUGUUGUUCCGAUAAUAUUCUUAUCAUUCACAUGCAAGUUAUUUUAAUGGAUUAGCUACUUUCCUAUAAGAUAAGUGAGUUGUUGGUUUUGAUGUUAAAAAGUUGAGUGAGGGAACUCCAAUGUAGACAUGGAGAUAAAAAAUGAAUUAUCAGAGCAUUGAUGAAUUAUGCAGUAAAUGAAGAGUAAAUAAUGAUGCAUUUAUGGAAAAGCUUGUCUCCGUCACUUCAUGUGGGAUCAAACGUAAACUCAAUGUUUUUUGGGCUGGCACCGUGGAGUAAGGGUAAUGAAGCAGUGUGUGGAGUGGGACUUGGGCACUUGGCAUGAGGAAGAAGGUUCACAUAGUUCCUUAGAUCUUUCCUUGAAGUUGGGCGUUGGCUUGGCUUAUUAACAAGACUGGCAGCUGUAUAAUAUUCUAUCUUAUUUUGAUUUGAUUGCUUUAUUCUGUUAUGUCAAAAAUAAAAGAUAACUUUAGGGAAAACAUAAUGUUUGCUCCCUAAAUGUGUGGAGUAUUUCUCCGCGAGGUGUUGUUAAUAUAAUCCUAUCUAAAUUACAAAUA